AUGAAGUCCUUUGUCACCAUAGGUGAUGUUCCAAUUGGCUAUACUACCCCGAAGUUCCCUUCGUUGUUUUGGCCUAUCAACAACAAAAGGUAUACGUUAUCUUACCUUUACUACACAAAUGACAUCUGGAAGUUUACGGUCUUUUGGACCUUGAUAUUGUUCAUGGGUUUUUAUACAGCUGCUGGCUUGUGGGCCAGCAUAUCUCACAGAAAAAAAGCCAGCGGCCUGUGGAUCAUGGCGUUUUACAUCCUAGUUGGCGGGUUUCAAGCUCUAGCUGCAGGCACUGUUACAGGUUUAAUCCUUGCCGUCACCUAUAAGGCAGGACUAUUUGAAAUGUCCACAUGGAUUCCUUUGUGCUCUGCAGUUGUCCUUAUUCUUUUCCAUGUGAGCACCACGUACUCGAUGGCCGGGAUCAUCAUAUAA